AUGGAAAAAGAAACUCCAGCAGCAAUAACCAUCUUCCCCCUCGAAGGUGGUUGUGCAUGCGGACAAGUCCGCUAUCGCCUCGAAACACGCCCACUAAUCGUCCACUGCUGCCACUGUACAUCCUGUCAACGCGAAACAGGCACCGCAUUCGCCAUAAAUGCCGUGAUCGAAUCAACACUCGUCACACGCCUACCCCCAGCACCACCAUCAGUGCCUGCAUCGAGGACCCAGGCCAUAAAACCCGCCGGACCACCAUUGACUCGAGGCGAGGACGAGGACUCUACCGAGCUUAAAACUAUAAAAACACCAUCAGAAUCAGGAAGAGGUCAACAAAUUGUCAGAUGUCGGACUUGUCAAGUUGCCGUGUGGUCUCAUUAUGGUGCUGCUGGUUCUCGGACUAGGUUUAUGCGUGUGGGGACGCUGGAUGAGGCGUGGAAGGUACAGCCUGAUGUGCAUAUUUAUACGCAGAGCAAGAGAAGCUUUUUCAAGUUGGAUGGGUUGAUUCCGGAAUUUGAGGAGUUUUAUCCGAUGAAGGAGGGUGUUUGGAGGGAAGAGAGUAUUGGUAGAUGGGAGGUGCAUAUGAAAUCUGAUGACAAGGCAUAG